AUGCCUCCACAACAAAUAAAGCCAGAAGCUCGACAACAGAAUCCUCUUUCUCACGGAAGAGGCAGUGGAAGUCGCAUAGAAGGACUGAGAACUGCCUCGAUUCCAUCCUCGAACUCCCAAAAUGAAUGGCGAACAAGACCGUUUUUAACCAUCAGAGUCAACAAUCUACCCGUCGACAUCUCCGCAGAGUAUAUUUGGAGAUGGUUUGCAUCAGAAGGGAAUAUCUUGUGGAUAGAUCUCUUUGAUCCCAAGUCUGGCAAUGGAACAAUGUCUGCAAAGAUUCGUUUUGAGCCUCCCCCACGACUCAAUAUCUGGGACCGAGGACCCGUCCGAGUCGAACAUCCGGAUACUCGACGGUAUCCAACUGGGCUCAAGCUAAUGGUGUCUCUUGACGAACGGCCACCGGUUAGCACAUUGAAGAGCACUAGAUACCCAGACAGGAUCACACUCAAACUGAAUUCUCUUGCGUUCGGUACAGGCAUUCCUCUGGAACUUAAUGUGAGAAGCAACAUAAUGAGCAUCUCGUUCUCCACCGUUUCCCACGUCGAUAAUCGGGGAAGUUCAAGUUCCAAGGAAUGCCAAGUGAGAUUGAAAAUCUCCAAUAUUAAGACAAUCCUGGAGUCUACUGCCGACAACGAGAACGAGCUACGGCAUUGGGUCAUAUCUCUGCCCUACCCUCAAGAAUAUUUUGAGAAAGUAGACAACAUUAUGGAUACGUUCCAAGGAAAUCCUCAAACAUGGAAUUUAAGCGAUACUUGGCAACGGGCUACAGAUAUUUCUCCUGUUAGCAAUGACGCGCAUCCAAUUUCUAUCCACAAUGAAGCACAGUUUGACGACUAUAUCGAUAUCGGGCGAUGGACGACGUUCCGCCUUUCUUUUGACCCCAAAGGCUGUGUCUUUGACACCAAGACCGAGGCCCCUAGUUUGUGGGAUUAUCUCGAGCAUCCACUGGCCGUACCCGCCAGCCAGCCUUCUGCUCUACUUAGUAUGCCUCAAAAGAUACACUUGCCUUUUGAGGUCCGCUACCAGCUCGAGGUGUGCAUAUCCCGGGGUGUUUUAAAUGAAUAUACAAUCGGCAUUGAUUUCUUGCAAGAGCUCAACAACCUCCGAACCAUGGAUGCAACCCACCGCCUCGAAUACCUCGUGGACCAAAAUGAAAUACUAUUUGAUCCCAUGAAGCUUUUCAGUAUGGAAGAUGCUACAGCCUUUGUUCCUGCCGCAAGAAUUCCGCACUAUUGCACCUAUGUUCGCAAAGCGUCUAUAACGCCGACUACCAUCCGUUUCAACUCUCCAACCGUGGAGACAUCCAACCGAGUCGUUCGGAAGUACAGCCACGUGCAGGAUCGAUUUCUACGGGUGCAAUUCGUCGAAGAGUCCGAGUUGGUCCGGCUUGGAAAGACCAAAUAUAAUAAUGUCAAGGUCUGGAAACGCGUCGAGAGAGCUUUAUCUCAAGGUAUUCGCAUUGGAGAUCGACAAUACGAAUUCCUGGCAUUCGGGAGCUCGCAGCUAAGACAGAGCAGCGCAUACUUUUUCUGCCCUACUGACCAUUUAUCCUGCGAAGAUAUUCGCGCAUGGAUGGGACAAUUUGACCACAUCAAGUGCGUUGCCAAAUACGCAGCACGUCUAGGGCAAUGCUUUUCAACGACACGGGAUAUUAAAGGCAUAUGGGUGCCCGAUAUUAAGUACAUUGACGACAUACAGCGAAAUGGUCAAUGCUUCACCGACGGCGUGGGACUUAUAUCAAAGUUUCUCUCUCAGCUCAUAAUGGAAGAAAUGACUUUGGAUAUAUUUGAUAAGCCGACGGCAUUUCAAUUUCGUAUGGGAGGCUGUAAAGGAGUUCUUGCAGUUUGGCCACAAGCCCAGGGUAUGGAAGUCCACAUUAGAAAAUCUCAAGAAAAGUUUAAAUCCAAUUUCCAGGCUUUGGAGAUUGUACGCUGCGCAGCUCGUUCGACUGCAACUCUAAAUCGUCAAACAAUCACAAUAUUGGAAAGUCUCGGGGUGCGGAAGAAAAUUUUUAUGGAGCUCUUAAAGGAACAAAUCAGCUGGUAUGAAAAUGCAACAAAAGAUACCUCGGAAGCCAUCAAGUUACUCACCAAGUUUGUGGACGAAAACCAGUCCUCGUUGGUUCUUGCCGAACUCUUGAAGGCCGGGUUCAAGACAGACAACAUCCAGGAGUCAUUUACUCUCAAUAUUUUUAAUCUCUGGCUAUCCUGGUCAUUCCGCCUUUUAAAAGAAAAGACGAGAAUACAUGUGCCGAAGAGCGCUUUUGUCCUCGGAUGCGUGGACGAAAGUGGAAGCUUACGAGGCCAUUCUACCGAGACUGAAGGCAGUUCUGAUCAGCUCAACGAAAAACAACUUCCUCAGAUCUUCUUACAGCUCACGGACCCAAGUCAUGAGGGUAAAACCAAUACUAUACAAGGGAAAUGCAUAGUGGGAAGAAAUCCGUCACUUCACCCAGGAGAUAUUCGAGUUGUUCAGGCCGUGAAUAACCCCAAGCUUCGACACUUGAAAGACGUUAUUGUCUUCCCAUCCAAAGGAGAUCGGCCGGUGCCGGCCAUGUUGUCUGGGGGUGACCUUGAUGGUGAUGAUUUUUUUAUUAUUUGGGAUGACAGACUUAUUCCAGAGGAAUGGAAUCACAAGCCCAUGGACUACGAAGCCCCAAGUCCCCGACAACUAGACAGAGAUGUUACUGUUGAUGAUUUACGCGAAUUCUUCGUCAACUACAUGAAGAAUGACAAUUUGGGUCUGAUUGCAGUCGCACAUUUAGCAUUUGCGGACAUGUAUGGACCAAAGUCACAGAUAUGCUUGAGGCUAGCAGAGUUGCACUCUCAAGCCGUAGACUAUGCGAAAACCGGAGAACCAGCAGAAUUUGGUUACAAGAUGCAGCCAGAACGGUGGCCGCAUUUUAUGGAGAAGAAGUCGACAUAUCGGUCGAAGAAAGCCUUGGGUGCUUUAUAUGACGAAGUGGCCAAACACACGUUCCAAUUUCGUCCCGAGUGGGGGCACUCAUUCGACGAGAGAAUCCUUGAGAGAUAUGAAUUUGACAAGAGUACUCUUACCGCAGCCAGAGAAAUCAAGGCGCAAUACGACUCUGCCAUACGACGACUGAUGGUUCAGUACCAUGUCGAAACCGAGUAUGAACUGUACACGGGAUGGGUCAUGUCGAAUACCAGCAUAUCGAGCAACUACAAGAGACAGGAAGACCUGGGUCUCGAAUUCGACGUUGUAAAGCAGCGGUUCAGAGAACAGUGCUGCAAUGUUGCCGGAGGCAGCGAAGCGCCCCAGCUGGACAAGUUUGUUGCUGCCAUGUAUAAAGUUACUGAAGAACAGGUCAACAAGGCACGAAAUCGUGGCGACGAUGAACCAGUCAGUCAUCAGAACGAGGCCGACCCAAGCGAGGAGCUAAAACCUAAUGUGCCGUUGAUUAGUUUCCCGUGGAUUUUUCACUGGGUCAUGAUUCGGCUUGCCAUGGGUGACAAGUACAAGCCAGGCGAAUCUGUUCUGGCCGCAGCUCGGCGGGCUUGUCUGUUUAACCGCCAUUCACACUUGAAAAGUCAGCCUAAGCCUGUCGAUAUUGCAGCAGCUGAGACGCUGUCUGGAGUUGACACAAAUGAAGACAUGGAGCAUGGCGUUAUUUCUGAUGUGCAGAAAAUUGAGGAGACUGCGGGUAGGCAGACCACUAAUAUGAAGGAAAAUAAUCCUGUCCAGUCGUCUGACGCCAUCACGACCGGCGACAAAAUUCUACAGCAGGAUGAGGAUGAUUCGAAUGAGGACAUUUCUUACUACGCAGUGAGCGACAAUGAUUGGCCACGGGGGUAUGCGUUAGAUUCGGGAGGAAAAUGGGUGUCGAGGAAGACGAAUUUGCUUAGGAGGCGAUACUGGGAGGAGUAG